GGAAAUGUAGUUUUCAAUCAUUGAAUCCGCCCCACAGAUGUCAGUCGCUGGUCUAGUUCCAACAGGCGCCUGAGGGCUAAAGAAAAACAAACUACACUCCCCAGCAUGCUUUGCCCGGGCGUGACAUUUGCAUGGAUGGCCGUUUCCCGGCUGAGAGGGAGCGCUGAGGGCACGGGAUGAGCUGCUCGCGGAAGCGCUGACAGGAGCCGGAGGGAGAUGCCUCGGGACGACAUGAGUUCUCUAAUACAGAAGGUGGCGCGCCAGGCCCGGCAGACGUUUCGGAGCGGAGGGGGCGGCCCGUCGGCGGAGAGCUUGGGACAGCUGCGGAAACUAGUGAGUCAGGUGCGGGCGGAAGAUGUGGGUCUGGGAGUGAGUCGGAGCUCGGGAGGGAAGGGCCCGCCUGUGACUUACAUGCACAUCUGUGAGACGUCGUGCUUCAGCAUGGGAGUGUUCCUGCUCCGCCCCGGCGCCUGUAUCCCGCUGCACGACCACCCGGGGAUGCACGGCCUGCUCAAGGUGCUUUACGGUAAACUCCGCAUCAGCGGCUUUGAUCGGCUGGAAGCGUCAGAGCCCCCCGAAGCCCUCGCUUUCUCCCCUCCGCUGCUCCCCUAUCAGUACAACUGUGUGUGCCGGGCAGCGCUCCGCUCCGCGGGGGACUUCGGGGAUAACAGUCCCCCCUGCCUGUUGGCUCCGCACCGGGAGAACCUGCACCAGAUCAGCGCUGAGGAAGGACCCGCCGCCUUCCUGGACAUCCUGGCGCCCCCGUACGACCCCGCGGAUGGAAGAGAUUGUCACUACUAUCAGCUCAUUCACCCCGCCGCUCCCCCCGGGGAAACUGAUGGACCCGCCGCUUCCGACAACUGUACCGGGGGAGCCGCCCAGAAGGAAAUGUGGCUCCUGGAGAUCCCACAGCCCGACGACUUCUGGUGCGGGGGAGAAGCCUACACAGGCCCCAAAGUGUCUGUAUGAUGGGCCCGGCCUUGUAUUGAGCCAAACACAACUCCAUGGGCUGGAUCCAACUCUUCUCCUACACAGAACUCGCCCACAGACUCCUCUGGUAUAAAUGGACCCGACAGACCCCCAGUAGGGACAUUUAUGUGGCCCCUUUAAUUCAUAUACAACAGGGUCUCACUCACCAGGAUGUUCUUAGUCACCUGACUUCCACUCAGAACUCAUCUGCUGGGUCUCACUGCACAGACCCAACUACUACAAGGCAGCCUAGGAGGUCUUGACCCUCACAAGUUAUAAUAAGGGUCCCAGAAGCUUCCUCAGGAUGUUCAGAACUCAUCUGCUGGGUCUCACUGCACAGGCCCCACUACUACAAAAGCAGUCUACGAGGUUCUGGCCCUCACAAGCUCCAAAAAGGGUCCCAGAAGCUUCAUCAGGAUGUUCUUAGUCACCUACCUUCCACUCAGAACUCAUCUGCUGGGUCUCACUGCAUAGGCCCUACUACUACAAAAGCAGCCUAGGUGGUCCUGACCCUCACAAGUUAUAAUAAGGGUCCCAGAAGCUUCCUCAGGAUGUUCAGAACUCAUCUGCUGGGUCUCACUGCACAUGCCCUACUACUACAAAAGCAGCCUAGGAGGUUCUGACCCUCACAAGCUCUAAUAAGGGUCCCAGAAGCUUCAUCAGAAUGUUCAGAACUCAUCUGCUGGGUCUCACUGCACAGACCCAACUACUACAAAAGCAGUCUUCGAGAUUCUGGCCUUCACAAGCUCUAAUAAGGGUCCCAGAUGCUCAAUCAGGAUGUUCUUAGUCACCUACGUUCCACUCAGAACUCAUCUGCUGGGUCUCACUGCACAGGCCCUACUACUACAAAAGCAGUCUAGCAGGUUGUGGCCCUCACAAGCUCUAAGGGUCACAGAAGCUUCAUCAGGAUGUUCUUUGUCAUCUACCUCUCACUCAGAACUCACCUGCUGGGUCUCACUGCACAGGCCCUACUACUACAAAAGCAGCCUUGGAGGUUCUGACCCUCACAAGCUCUAAGUGUCCCAGAAGCUUCAUCAGGAUGUUCUAAGUCACCUAACUUCCGCUCAGAACUCACCUGCUGGGUAUCGCUUCACAGGCCCCACUACAACAAAAGAGAACAAGAGGGUUCUGAACCACACUAGUCCCGGCUAAGGUUUUCAGAACCUUCAUCAGAAGGGGCCUUAGUCACCUAGCACACAGAACUCAUCUGCUGGGGUUCCCUGCACAGGCCCCACUACCACAAAUGGGACACUACAGUUCUGACCCUCAGUAGGCCUGAUAAAGGGUCUCACAAUCUUCAUCAGAAGGGGCUCUAGUCAUCUGGCGCAUAGAAUUAGUCUGCUGGGUCCCUCUUCAGAGGAUAAAGGGUUGGCCAUCAUGGGUCGAAAUAGGGACUCCACAUCUUCCACCGAUGGUCAGUUUGCUUCACAAAACUCGGCAGUUAUGGUUGGCCCUUACAGGGCCUGAGAGUGUCUGUUUUACAGGUGCAUGUUCAUUUGUUAUUCAGUAACUCAUACAUUGGGUCAUUCUGCAGUACCAGUACUAUGGGUACUCUAUUGUCAUGAGCCUCCAUAUUGCCCACAUUUUUAUCAUAUGGAUCAAUCUG